AUGAGUUUGAAAAGGAAGCAAAUGUCUAUAGAUCUAAAAACUAAGCAACUAAUUUUAGUAGAAGUCGAAAAAGGUACAUUGCCUAAAACCAAAAUCGCGGAGAAAUUUGGCAUUCCAAAAUCAACAUUAUCAACAAUUAUUAAAAAUAAAGAUAAGAUUGACGAAGCAGUUGCGCUUGGUUCAACCAACAGUACAAAGCGUCUACGAAAACCCAUGCUUGAAGACGUUGAAAAGGAACUUUUGAAGUGGUUCAAAAAAGCCAGAGACUCCAACAUUCCACUAUCAGGUGCACUUGUGAGGGAGAAAGCAAAGGAGAUUUGUACUUCCAAUGGCGUUGAGCAUAUGGCGUAUUCUGAUGGCUGGUUAUGGAGAUUUCAAAAACGGUAUAAUAUUUCUUGUCAUGUUUUGAGCGGCGAGGCAAAUAAAGUUGCAGAUGAAGACGUAAAUAAAUGGCUUCAAGGGUUCGUAAAGGUGAGGCAAUCCUAUAGCGAAAAUGAUAUCUUCAAUAUUGAUGAGACCGGUGUUUUUAUAAUUUAUUGCCCGACCGUUCAUUGGAUUUUAAAGGAGUGA